GAAGUUACCAUUAGCAACUGGGCAGCGCCCGACUCAGCUCCCAGUUCCUCCACCGGAGCCUCUGCUGCUGCUGCUGGUUACUGAAGAUAAAUUCACCCAGAAUUUACAGUAACGGUCACAACGGUGACAGACAAGUGGAUCCCGGGCCCCUAGGAUGUUGGAGAGUCUGACUAUGGUUCUCAGCUGAGGUCACAGUGAAUGGCGCUGCCAUGUUGCCAGGAGUGGGUGUGUUUGGCACAGGGAGCACAGCCCGGGUGCUGGUCCCACUGUUGAAAGCUGAGGGCUUUGAGGUUCAUGCGCUCUGGGGCCGCAGCGAAGAGGAGGCAGGCUGCUUGGCCAAAGAGCUUGGAAUACCAUUUCACACUAGCCGAUCUGAUGACGUCCUGCUGCACCAGGAUGUCGACCUCGUUUGCAUCUAUAUUCCUCCCUCAAUGACGAGGCAGAUUGCUGUCAAAGCACUGGGUAUAGGAAAGAAUGUUGUGUGUGAGAAAGCUGCGACUGCUGUGGAUUCAUUCAAGAUGGUGACUGCCGCCAGAUACUAUCCCCAGCUGCUCAGCAUUAUGGGUAAUACCCUGCGCUUCCUGCCAGCCUUUGUUGCAAUGCGUCAGUUGCUGGUGGAGGGGUAUGUGGGUGAAAUGCAGGUGUGCGAUGUUCGGGUCUACGGCCCGAGCCUCCUGGACCAGUCGUACGGCUGGACCUGCGAGGAGCUGAUGGGCGGAGGUGGUCUGCACACUGUCGGCUCUGCCAUCAUCGACCUUUUAAGUUACCUGACUGGGGCCCGAGCCCAGCGCGUGCACGGCUUACUGCGGACUUUUGUUCAACAGAAUGGUUUGAUCCGAGGCAUCCGCCGCGUCACCAGUGACGAUUUCUGCUUCUUCCAAAUGUUGAUGGGUGGAACUGGCUCUUGCUCUGGUGGUGUGUGCUGCACUGUGACCCUGAACUUCAACAUGCCGGGGUCAUUCGUGCACGAGGUUAUGGUGGUUGGAUCAACUGGGAGGUUGGUUGCCAGAGGCACGGAACUGUAUGGUCAACGCAACGGGAGUAACGGUGAGGAGCUGUUGCUAGGCGACAGCGGAUGGGUGGGGCCGGAGUUGAAGGAGAUGCCCCUGCCUCACCUGCGGGGGCUGAGCUCCAUGGUGAAGGCGCUUAGAGAGUCUUUUCAGGCUCACGAGGAGCGCAGGUCAUGGGCACAAGGACCAGUGGUCAUGGCACCAACAUUUGAGGAUGGUCUGUAUGUGCAGACGGUGGUGGAGGCCGUGAAGCGGUCCAGCUGUAGCGGAGAAUGGGAGUGCGUUGAGAUCAUGAGUGAGGAGCCGGAUCCCAACCACAACUUGUGUGAGGCUCUGCAGAGAAACAAGAACUAAUUAUAUUUAUACAACCAGUGCAUCUACUACAUGUCUGACUAAACUGGGCUCUGAAUGUCGCUCCUUUAAUUCUGCUGCUUUGGCAGAUUACAUUACACACGACUACUUUGUGUAUCACAUUUUGAUCCGAAUAUUUUGAUUGAGAGAAUAUAAAUGUGUCGCAGAAGUUUGUUUCCUCACAGUUGCUAUUUGCUUUUACACUAAAUUGUCAUUCACAGCUCCAUUAUUCAGAUUCUUAAAAGAAAGCUCUGUAUUGAGUUAAGGCUGCCAAAGUCUACCAUGCCAAAAAAGUUGACAUGAUCCACAAUUAUCAGAUAUUCUUUCGCUUUAUGAGACAAUUUAACGAACUCGUGGAGUCGUGACUACAAACUUCCUCCCAAACAAGACCCAAACAGUUUGCAUGGGUACAUGAAUGUAGAACGCAAAAAAAGUACCUUAUCCUUAAGAUAUGCCAGAAUGUUUUUGUCAUUUUUCUCCUAUCGAACCAGCAGGUGAGGAGUUGGAGGUUUCGGUAUCUAUGGAAGAAAAACUGCUAGACCCGGUGCACAAGCAUAAACCCAUUCUGGCUUCUAAAAUUAUUUUGCAAAAAAUCUGGGUCAUGAUAAAUCUGUGAGAAUCACAAGAGUUUGUAAAUAACCACUGACAAAAUAUUUGUGUCCAGCACAGUCUGUACAAGGUGUUCAUUCAGACACUGUGAGGUUCAAAUUUAACUGUAAUUUACAUUCCAACAUUUGAAUCUCUACUGAACAUAAUCUAAUAUUAUUUAAUUUCCAAAAGCACAUUGUGUUUACCACAGGCGUGAAUGUGAAUAACAAAGCAUGAGGGUGAUUUGAAUAACAAAAUCCUUCGCCGGCUGCAGAAGGAUCACUGUCAGAAUACAAAUCACAAACCAGUGGAGAUCAGCCUGUGGAUACUUCAUAAUAAGAAUACAGGAGCUGCGUCAGUUUUUAAAGAAAGUGUAAUAAUAAGCAGAGAUUCAAAUUGUUGAAAACAUUGCAAGUAGGGCUUGUAGGUUUUUAUGUUAUAAACUGCCGUGACACACAUAAAAUACCAGGGAUUACAAUAAGCUAUGUAGAGAAAGGAAUAAUAAAAUGUCUGAUUUGUAGCAUUGCCCCUCAAAACCCCCCUUUCUUAUAGUGAUUCGUAAUUUUAAAUGAAACUUUAGAGUAUCACUUAAACCGUAUCUGCCCUCAGAGGAAGUAUGCAGUUGUAGUUUCCUGCUUUUCAGAUGUACCAGCUGUGGUGAGCUGGAUACUUUUCAUGGUAUCAAAAACAUUUAAACCCCUCAAACCACACCAGCCUCUUCUCAGUAUUUUCAGCAAUUAUGAAUAAAUUACUUCAAGCAGCUUCAAGGAGGUUGAUAGUGAAACACAGAUUCCACAUUUGUAGUGAUUUUAGGGUCCAUACUGACUGUUUGGCACAAACACACAACAUACGUAAAGACAGAGGUGAAUUGGCUCAGAUGGAUUUAUAGGAAUUUUAGUACCUGUUUUCUGCUGUAAAGACUUGCCACCAGUGGUCAUCUAUUUAACCGCUGAAAGUGACUGAAGGAGGAAACUACCAGCCGCCUGCUGGCUUUACACAUAGGACAGAUUAUAGCUGGAGUAACAGGUUGAACAUUUACAUAAGCAGAAACAGGUUUGUCCUAAAAAGCGACCUUUCAUUGUUCAACUGUCAAAGUUUUAAUACAAAGCCAGAGUUAAAAUGUUUCAAAAUUUUGUUUACAUGUGUUUACAUGUUCCUUUGUUUUUACAAGAUUGAGUUUCAUCAGUCUAUGCAUUUAAAGUUAUUACAGAUGUAUAAAUCCAGACUUGGGGGGCACCACCCCACCCUGUUUUGCUACAGUCACCCUGAAUCAUUGCUGAGCUUUUCAUUGAGUAGAACCACUGGAUUUGACGUGCGUGAGAGUAGAAACGCGUGCCUCACCAACGUGUUUAAUUAACGAGGCAGGAAGUGUUGGUUUGCGGUUGUUAUAGUCGCUCACUGCAUCUCAGUUCUGCUGAAUAUCCUAAAUAAUAUUAAAGACAGAUGCACGCUUACCUCACGCUUUCUUAACAGUGCUUUCCAAAAACCCUGAAUCAAGUUUACAUUUAGUGUUUUUAAUACAUUUGCCUGCAGGAUGAUCCACAAUCCACCACUUUUAAAAUACAUUCCAACUGACUAUUCACCAUCUUGUUGACAGUUGUAUUCGUUGUGUUUUUUGCACUGAAAACUGAUAAAAUGCCACCUAUUUAAUAUGCAGUGCAAUGCUUGUACCAGCCAGCUCACUGCAAAAAUUGACUUUACAUUUGUCUGUGUAAGGAAGACAUUUUGUAUUUAUUUAUGUUUUGAUGUGGAGAAGGUUUCCCUCAGUUCAUUCUGUUCAAUGUUUGUAUUUUCAGCGUGUGAAUUUCUGUUAAAAGCUGUUAUAUUUAUCUUGUUUCGCUUUAACUGUUGUUUUAAUUGAUAAUUUGGCUUUUUGAGCACAAUGUGUUUAAGUUGGGUAACUUUACUGUUCAUCUGCCUGACAAACAUUUCCUUAAAUAAAUACAAUUGUCUUCA